AUGAAACGGAAUGACUCGUGUGAGCAUCCUGACUCGGCCCCAAAACGUCGGGCCAGACAGGAUCCGGUUUCUUGUGAAUCAUGUAGACGGAAGAAGCUCAAGUGUAAUCGACUACAGCCAUGUGCGAGCUGUGCCAGUCGCGGGCUAACAUGCAGCUACGGCCUCGGCUUCCCCAUUUCUCAGUCGAGUGACCAUACAGCACACUACGAGAUUCAGAAAAGCGAUCGCUCAAAUCACUCGGUUGUCACAGCUCAACCUCAGUCCUUUGUUGAAUUUUCUCCUUCGUCCGCUCCGGUUCGCCAGCUGCAACAGCAGCCACGGCACAGCAGGGAAUCGGCGGUGACCGCUGAUCUGCUGGAGAACAUACAUAUGGGAGCUCGAGUGCCCACAGCUGCACCGAGAUGGCUGAAGGAUGACUUUGAAGAAACCAUGAAGAGGGGCCUCUUGUCAAUAGGCAGUCCAAAUUCUCCUUCGGGGGCUCACUUCUCGUUGCCUACCCGCGACUGGAAUGCUUCAAAUGAGAAUCCGGCGACGAUCAAUCUGAUUCAGUUUGUGCCUACAAAACAGGAAGCAGCGGCGCUAUUCCGAUACUAUGCAAAAUAUGUUGACUACUUGUAUCACAUUAUUAUUCUAACGCGGGCAGAGGCACUGAUCAACGGUGUCUACGAGUGCAUCGAACGAGGCUCACCGGUAAACCUCGGUCAUCUGGCACUAUUAUUCAGCAUCACCGCCAGCUCUUUAUAUAUGCAAUUGUCUUCUGAAUCAUCGCCUUACUCGGACAUCUGCUGUCAGGAAUUCACAUUUUUGACGGGUGCCGCUUUGAUCCAAAACAAUCACGCCGCGUCUCCAACAAUCGAGGGCCUCCAAGCGACCAUGAUUGUAGCACAUUAUGCUUGCAACAUGAGCUCACAUGCGUCGGUCAGUGCUUUCUUUGUUCAUGGUAGCAUCAUCAGCCAGGCAAAAAGCCUUAUGUUGCAUUGCAUCGACUCCCCUAGAUUCCGCGACGAGAGGGAGCAAAAUAGAGUCGAUCCUGUUGAGGUUGAGAUAAAAAGGAGACUCUGGUGGGAUAUCACAAGCAAUGAAUGGUUUCUGGGGUUUCUGAGCGGGCCUCAGGAGUGGACGUAUCAAGUCUACCCCCAACAUAUGAGCGUGAUUCAACCAAUCAAUGUCGACGAUGCAGCUCUUGAGAAGGACCCCGGUCUUGCGCCUUUACCAAGCUCCGUGCCUACGGACAUGUCUUUCGCCCUGGAGCGCCUGAAACUCGCUUUCGCAUGUCGCGACAUAGUAGACACCAUGGCUUACGAACAGCUCAAUGGCCUUGAGAUUGAUUAUUCCAAGAUCCUCGAGCUUGAUCGAAAAAUGCAUCAAGCGUUAUCGGAAGUUCCUGAAUUCUUCCGACUGGAUCCGGGCUCAAGACGUCGGUUUGCCAAGCUUUAUAAAGAGCGGCCUACCUUGGCAUGGCAGAGGUGUGUUUUGCAGCAGGCCUACUUCUCACGCAUCUGCCGCCUGCACCGUCAGUUCUUCAUUCGUGGUGCGCGUGAUCCAACCUAUUCCUAUUCCCACGUUGUCUGUCUUCAGUCUGCUCGCAAAGUCCUCGAGAUUAAGAGGAUGAUGGACGAAGAGCAGCCCAAGUUCACUCCGCCAAGCUCUGUCGUCUGGUCGGUGAUGCACCACAUGUUCAUGGCUGCUGUCAUUUUGCUACUCGAUGUUUGUUUCAAUUGGGAUGAUAUCCUCGCUGAGAAACGCAAAGAGGAGGUCCUCGAUGCCUGUCGCAUUUUGAGCAAAGCGCAGCAAUCGUCUUGCUUAGUUAAGGAAGGGAUCCAAGCUAUGAUGAACAUCCUCCAGAAGCAUUGGAAAAAUGGUAAAUUGGCGGUCCCUGGUGGGUCGCAGCCAGACCAGCCUUCAUCGCCAGUCCUAGGGCCUACGGCUGAAGAUCCGGCACAGCCGGUCGCUCCCUCGGAGCCGAGAGAUCAGCCAAUAGCUACUACGUGGGAGGAUGCUCCAAAGUCAAACACAAAUCAAUAUGUUGAUGGCGAUGAGCGGCAACUCGAAGAUAUAUGGUCGGAGUUUCUCGAGAACGGCUACAACUACACUUUUGAAGACACAGACUGGACGGGACUGUUGACCGAGCUGACCAGCGCGACAGUGCCUUGUGGAUGA